CUGAGCUCGUCCACCUUUCCAGUGAGUUGGUCCUUAGCGCGGAGGAGGCAGCAUCCGUCCUGGACCAAGCCAUGAGGUCCCUGGUAGCCUUCCUCUGUCUAGCUCAGCUCCUAAGCCAUGCCGCUGCUCGGAGUCACCCUCUUCUCCCACUGAGGGACCCCGACUGCGACGAUCCAGAUGUAGAGCUUGCGGCAAUGGAAAUCACGCAACACGUCAACAGCCAACUGCAGUCCGGAUACAAGUACAGGCUGAAUCAGAUCGACAAAGUCAGGGUGUACCCGCGGAGGCCCGCGGGAGAGGUGUACGUGAUGGAGGUUGACAUGCUGGAGACCACCUGCCACGUGAUGGACAAAACCCCCCUGGAAAACUGCACCGUGAGGCAGCUGGCAGAGCACGCUGUGGAAGGAGACUGUGAGGCCAGCGUGCUGAAAAUGGACGGCCAGUAUAAAGUAUUGAACGUCAAGUGUGAGUCCAACCCAGAUUCAGCAGAAGAUGUGCGCAAAGUUUGCCCGCAAUGUUCCCUCCUGGCACCCUUGAAUGAUACCAGGGUGGUCCACGCUGUUGAAGCUUCUUUGGCUGCCUUCAUUAGCCAGAACCAAUCCACCUUUUACAAGCUUCUGGAGGUCUCCAGGGCUCAGAUUUCGCCAAUCCAGCCUUCCGUCUAUGUCGAAUUUGUGAUCGCACCCACUGACUGUGGGCCAAAAGGGGCAGAUGAUCCAUCUUCCUGCCACCCAUUGACAGACCAGUAUGGCUUCUGCAAGGGGACGGUGACCAAGAAAGAUGGUGGGGAAGAUGUUGCUGUCUCCUGCACGAUCUCUGUGCCUCUGGUUCCCGCACCUCAACCUGAUGAAGCAGUUCCCACUCCUGCCGCUGCUGAACCUGAUGUUGCUAUCGCUGCUGGACCUGAUGUUGCUGUCGCUGCUAAACCUGCUAUUGCUGCUGUUGCUAGACCCGCUCCUGUUGGACCUGUUGUACGCCCUGUAAGACCCUUUAUAAGCCACUUGCCCCAUCAUGACCUCAGGCAUUCCAUUGUUGGGGUGGCUUCCUUGGAAUCUGCCUCUGGGGAACAUGGCCCUGUGGUGGGACUAGCUGCUCCUGCUGUCCCAGGUGCUGCUGCACCAGGAGUCCCUCUCUGUCCAGGAAGGAUAAGGCAUUUCAAGGUCUAACCUUCUUCCCAUCUCUGUGACUAAAUCCUUUCUGACAAGUGUUCCUAGCUUUCUAACUGUAGCAGAGGGCUCUUUAAACAGUGUCUCCAUUUUGUCAAAGUUGGGGAAUGGGGUGGGAGUUUGGGGACGAAAUACCUUUGGAGUUUUUCUAGCUCAUGCUGUGGAUUAAAGAAAAAAAGGGUUCCUACUUCCCUUCCCCCCAUGAUUCUCCCCACAUCUUACAAGACAGAAGGGGAGGGAGGAAUGAUCAUAUUGGACGAACAAGGCAAGUGACUUCCACAUUCUGAUCAAUAAUCCUCACGCCCUGAUCAAACACUCAAUUGACACUAGAUGGUCAUCACUGUAUGUUCUGCCUUCUGGGUUGAUAUUGUCACAGUGAGAGCAAAUGUGAUUUGAGAGGUGCUAUUGCUAAUCCUGUGACUUCCUGUUAAGAGAACUUCCUUAAUAAACAAAGCUUCUGAAGGAG